GUCUGCAGGAAGGACUGCCACGCGACGCGUGGGUACUGCGAGUACCCGGGAGAAUGCAGGUGCCGCCUGGGGUGGGCGGGCGAGACGUGCCGCGACUGCCAGGUGCUCCCGGGCUGCCAGCACGGCUCGUGCACGCGCCCGCUAGAGUGCCGCUGCCAGGAGGGCUACACCGGCAUCCUCUGCCAGACGCCUAUAUGUGCAGAAAACUGCCACAGGGAGCAUGGUUACUGUAGGAAGCCUGGAGAGUGCAGGUGCAAGGUGGGGUGGUGGGGCGCCAACUGCGCCGAGUGCUACCCGUACCCCGGCUGCGUGCAUGGCGGCUGCCGCCGGCCCUGGGAGUGCAACUGCGACGCCGGGUGGGGCGGCAUGCUCUGCGACCAAGAGCUGACGUACUGCCGCGAGCACCCGGGCGUGUGCGAGCACAACGCGACGUGCGUGUCGCUGACGGAGGAGGACGGCACUACCGCUGCUCUGCCCGACGGCUACACCGGGCGCAACUGCGAGGUCGCCACCGCCACUCCGCCGCCCGCCCCAACGCCACACUACGGCCCGCCCGCCCCCCGUCCCCUCCACCGCCUCACGCCCCCUCCACCACCUCCACAUCCACCACCACAACCACCACCACCACCACCACCACCACGGAGCGACAGCAUGUCACGG